AUGAGUCGAAGCUGGCGGCCCGCCAACGGCUCCCAUAAGGCCUCAGCAAGACGUCCGGCUCCCGGCCCUGGGAAGGCUGGAGACGAUGCAGCCUCAGUGCAGCUGCAACUGGCCGAGCUUGAGAAGUUCUGCCCUGAAUUGGCGAUGGUUGUCUCCGAGUUCGAGGAGGAGCUGGCGCACACGGACGGCUUCGCCAACGAUGCAUCCUGGUGGCGACACAUCGAAGCCCGCUUCGGACUUCGCUGCCUCCUCCUGCGUCUCGAGGAGGGCCUGGAGUCUGCGGCGAUGCGCUUCGAGCGUGGUUCAGGUGAAGCCUCGGACGAGUCGUGGCGAAAGGUAGAGAUUAUGGACCGACUCCUCAAGUCUUUCGAGCAGACCACCGAGCCACGGUUGGCGAAAUCGGCACAGACACCUCGCGGAGUCCAAGUGGAGCGUCGCUACGGGCUGAAGGACAGUGAGGCCGAGUUGUUACGACUUCUAGUCAUCCGCGAGUGUGCGCGAAGUCGCGUUGUUUGUCGCUUCCUUGGCGACCAUUGUGGCAACUUGUCAGAUGGGAACUCGCCUUUGUGUAGCCUUUGUCGAAAUUCGCGGCUGGAUGUGCAGGACUUUCUACAGGAGAAGAGGCAGCACAUUAACGAGGGCAUUGUCCGUAUCCAGGAUGGUGGCUAUGGCGAGUCGAAGGAGCCCACGGUCUCGCCUGAGGCGGUGCAUGCGCUGAUGGGCAAGGAGCUCAACACCGAGCAACGCCUGAAGCUGAGCUCUACAGUCAUCGAUGCUGUGCUGAGAGGCGAUUCUACACCGGAGGAGCCACGCCGGAGUCCGGAUGCGGCUCCUCCAGCUCCGAUCCCGGAGCCUGCAGAUCUCAUCCCGGAGAUCCCAAACGGGGCCGGCCAGGAUGGCCAGGAGGUCACUGCAACUGCAUCGGAGACGGCCGGUGAGGACGACACAGAGUUGUUGCAGCAGCCAUACCGCGAGUCGCUGGACUACCUCAAUGACCAGUUCAGCCUCCUCGAGUGCGAAAUCCGUAUCGCCGAACACAGGCGACAAUCUACCAAGGAAGACGUGGGAAUCGAGGAGCCGUUUCUCCUGAGAUCCCGCAAAGUCAACGUCUUUGAGCACGAGGCGAAAAGAAAGCUGGCCCUGGCCCGCAUCAGCCACCGUUUGAAGCUCACCAAAGAAGCAGGACUUGAAGUCCCGCGAUUGGAGGCUCUACAUCAAAAGACCAAGUUGGAUGAUUUCGAGAAGAACGUAGUGGUGAUGCUGGUGGGAAACACCUUGUCGCCCAAGAUCCAAGCCACACUGAAUGUGGGGGAAAGGCGCUUCCUGGCAAACGCGCCUCUUCAGGUGAGGGUCAUCCUGGAAACUUUCUGCCGCGACUUCAAGGAGGAAGUCCAGAAGCGCGUCUAUUUUUACAAGAGCAGCCGGCUGGCCAGCAGUGGCAUCAUCCGCCUUGGUGCUGGGGCCAGAAGUGGUGAUCUCACAUGCCACACUGUCCACAUAGACCGCCGCAUCCUGGACUUUGUUGUCGGUCUAGAUACCGAGAUCAACGAAGUUGUCGAGGGAAGCAACUUGUACAAGCCCAGCGCAACGCUUCAGCAACUGGUGCUGCCCGAAGACAUGAAGAGCAACAUCUUGGCAUUGGUGGACAAUUUCGAGCAGUUCUGCAAGUACAGAAGGUCCUCUGGUCUCGAUGACGUCAUUGCACAUGGGUCCGGGCUGGUUUUGAUGUUCUGCGGGCCGAGUGGCACCGGAAAGACACUGAUGGUGAACGCCCUGGCUGCCCAUUUGGAGAAGCGAGUCUUGUUGGUGAAUUUCAAGACGCUGUACAGCCACCACAGUGAACCUGGUCUGGGCUCGGAUGAGGAUGGCUCCAGCGUCUUGAAGCUCUUCCGCGAAGCGGAGAUGAGCGAUGCAGUCUUGUUCUUCGAUGAGUGCGAGUCGCUCUUUUCGCAGCGUUCCACGGGUGGCAACUCCGAGAUGACGGCUUUGCUGACAGCUAUGGAGAGAUACGAGGGAAUGAUUUUCCUGGCCACGAACCGCCCUUUCGACCUGGAUGAGGCCAUGUAUCGUCGGAUUACCUCGGUCUUCACCUUCAGCAAGCCCGACCACAUCCAGAGACUCGAGAUCUGGAACCUCUAUACGAAGUCAGGUGUCCCUUUGGCUCCCGGAAUCGACUGGGAGAAGAUCGCGAUGAAGUUCGCUCUCACGGGGGGCUACAUCAAAAACGCGAUCGUGAGCGCUCUGCUCUUGGCAAUCUCGCGCGACAAUGUGCAGCCGCAGGUCACGGAAGAAGACAUCACGGGCGGGUGCAUCAUGCAGGUGCGUGGUUCCCUUCAGAUGCAGAGCUUCGCAAAACGGCUGGUUCCCCGUGCAGGGCUCGAUGCUUUGGUCCUGACCGCUACGCUGAAACAGAAACUGCUGGACAUCGUGGCGUUCGAAAAGGCCAGGCCCCUCUUGCUCGAGAACUGGGGCUUCGGAGAUGUCGGUAGCGAAGGUCCGGGCAAAGUUGAUGGAGUUACGAAGCCGGUGGUGACCACGGCCCUGUUCUGGGGCGGCGCGGGCACGGGUAAGACAGCGGCUGCAGAGGCUUUGGGCUUCGAGUUCGGACGGGCGCUGAAGGUCGUGAACUUCCCAGAGUUGGCAAGUUCUGAGCUGCGGCUCUCCAAGUCCAACGGGUCAAGCUCCUUGGAGACCACCUUCGAGGAGGCGAAAGCUGCGGAUGCGGUGCUCGUGAUUGAGGGCAUCCGCCCAGAGAACUUCCUGGACGACGCAGACAGUGGUCUGGACACGACGUUCCAGCAGUUGGCAUUUCACAUCGAGCGCUUCUCUGGCGUCGUGCUGCUGUUGGUGACCUCCGAGGAUGUGUUCCGCUUGCAGCUCCUGCCGCAGGAGUUUGCCCGCUUGAUCAAGUUCAUGGUCUUGUUCGACCAUCCCAGUGCCGCACAGCGCAAGGCGCUGUGGCGCUCGGCGCUGCCACCGCGCGUGCCUUUGGCAGCAGACGUCGACUUCGAGGAGCUUGGUGGCCGCUUCGACCUCAACGCGGAUGCCAUCGCCUCGGCCGCCUUCCGCGCGGCGGCCGCGGCGGUGCUGCGGCAGGGGGAGGAGCGACAGGUGCUGCGCGAGGACCUGGUCACUGCAGCGGAGCUGGAGCAGUCCCUCAUGGACAAGUCAAAGAGCGCUGUAAGCUGUCGGCCUUGUGUCGAGGAAUUCCUUCGCAAACACCGCUACACGGAGGUGAGCAGCUUCCACAAGGUGUACUUAUUGAAGGAAGAGCGCGAGAGGAGAAGAUCCUGGAAAGGCUGUGAGCGGCUCUGCUUGCAAGUUCGAGCUGCAGAGCUGGAUCGCCUCUUCGUUCCCACCCUGACCUUGGACGGCAUGGAGGGCUCUUACCCGGAAAUGUUCAAUCAGCAUCCGAAAAACAUGGGCCUCUGCUUCAGCAUCGCGCCCAGUGGCCGGGAUGUCUUGCUCAUCGAGGCGCAGGACAGGCUGAGCAACGAAGACUUGGAAGGCACUAUGUACUUCAAUGCCAGUGGAGGCAUGCGACCUGGCCACAUUGCCAAGCUAGAGCCUGUGGCGCAGAACGGGAUGGAGGAGUUCCUGCUUGACCUGACAGACUGGCUGAAACGCUUCUCCGAGUACUUCAAGGGAGACAUGGAGCACACGCAGAUCCUGGAAAUGAAGGGCUAUGCUUCAAACUUCUUGGUUCGGUGCUCGACGCAGCAGCCGUCAAAAAUGCCAGUGAAAUCUGCGCAGAGUUCGCUCACGGUGUACUACACGGUAGCUUUCUCGGCAUUGCCAGAAGUCCCCAUGGUGCCGCGUCCAUCUGAUCCUCGGGUUGGCUUCUUCACCAACUCCAUCCUGGUAGGGGGGCCGCGGCAGGCCACGAGCAUCCAACACGUCAUCUCUAGGUGGGACCUAAGAAGACACCACGAGCUCCAGUAUGUGAUCGAUCGGGCUGUACCAAAGCUGUACCAUGAGACGAUCAAGAAGGGUGUGCAUGCCUGGAAUGCUGCGUUUGAGCCGGUGCUUGGCCGACCAGUGCUUCGCUGUGUGGGCCCAGAUGACACUGACUACCCGGAGGAGUACCAUCCUGGCGAUGGCCGCCACAUCGCGAUCUUCAUGACCAACCCGUCGACCAAGGGUUUGCUGGGUUACGGUCCAAGUGCCUUUGAUUAUCGGAGUGGCGAGAUCUUGAUGGCCAGUGUCAUGCUGGGCUUGAAGCCGCAUGUGAAAGUGCCCUCCGACUUGUCAGAAACACUGCUAAAGUCACCGGACAGCAACUCCUGCCAGCAGCCACUGCUAGAUGCAGACGACCCGGAUGUCAUGAAGUACUUGUUGGAGACGGUGGUGCAUGAGGUGGGGCACACCCUCGGACUGCGACAUAACUUUAUCGCAGCAGAGGACGGGCAUUCCUCCGUCAUGGACUACCCGGAUGACCUUGAUACUUCCGAUCCUGCUAAGCCUGUUUUCGGUGGACACUUCCUUGGCGGGCCGGGCAGAUACGACCAGUAUGCCAUCAGCUACGGCUACACGCCGCUGGAGGAAGUUCGCGGGCAGCGCCAUGCCAAGCUCGAGCUGUUGGCGAAUGGCCAGUCUGUUGAGGAGGAAGAGGUCUCCGCCGAGCCUAAGAAUCCGCUAUUUGCCUCGGACGAUGAUGUAGGCGGCUUGGAUCCGCGAGUGCAGCAGCGGAUGGCUUCCAUCGAGCGAAUGGGUGUGGACAAAAUCCUAUGGGCGCUGCAGCGUCGGAAGAUGCUGCUCGAACACGUGCAAAGUUCUCACGUUGAUUGCAACCUGUAUAGCCAGCGGGUGCUGAACACCCUGGAGAUCUGCACCCGUGCUGUUCUGGCAGCGGGUGCCUACAUCGGUGGCGCUCUAGUGGAUGCCCGGCGCAGUGGCGUGCAACGCGUCGAAGCAGAGGCGGCACUGAGAUAUGUCGCUGUCGCCCUGCACAUGUUGGUCGGCCCCGUCUUCCGGUUCGAGGGCCGCGAAAGCGACCGCCUCCUCGUCAGGCGAGAUGGGGAGUAUGGUGUCGCACGCACCAGCGUUCUGGAGCUCCAGGGCCAAGCAUGCCAGAGCAUCCUGGGCCGACUUCUGGACCCAGCUGUACUCGCCCGGCACGAGGGCCAGCGCGAGACAGCCGUGGAGCCCAGGCCCCACAGCACACUGGAGCUGCUUUCUGCCCUGGCUUUUGGCAUGCCCAGUGACUUUGAUCUCGGACCUGCGAAGGAGUUAGACAAGGUGCCCGAUGGUCUCUUGUGGCCCCUGAGCAAUGACUUCCGCUUGGAGGAGGGCCACGUGGCCAGCCUGGCCGCUGCCACGGAGGAUCCACUAGCUUGCCAGGCCCGCUUGGCCUUUGCCAAGCUGGUGAAUCACCUGGCUCGCGAUCCGGGUGUCCAUGCCCUGGUGAGGUCUCAUGCCAUGGCCUUCGUCCUCAUCGUCCAGGAGUGCCUGAAGGGCCUCAAGGAUAGGUCCGACCUGGGAAGCCUGGUGCAGGCUCACUGGGGCCUUGUUCUCGAGGCCUUGAAGGAGAAGCGACGGCCUGAUGACGACGGCUCGGACGAGGAUGCCUUGAAGAUUGUUCUCGGGCAGGGAAAACGGUGA